UACUGGGAAGGGUCUCAAGGGGUCAAUGGGCCCUCAGGCCAGAGCCUCUGUUUGAAGCGACUGACUUUCAAACGAGAAAUACUAACCAUCAAUUAAACAGGCACAGAGAAGACCAGAAGAACAGACUCACAAAGAGACACCGGCAACAAAGACACACAAAACAACCGCAAAGAGAUACAAAUUGACCACAAAGAGACUUGGCUGCAUCUUUUGUAGUCGAUCCGUGUCUCUUUCAGUCAGUCCUGUGUAGGAAGGGUGGGGGCCUUUUACAUGUCUGUGCCCAGGGGCCCAUUGUAUCAUUAUCCACCCAUUCAUGUAUAUAUACCCAUGCUCCAUGCACAUGUCUGUAGUGUGCCUAAAAGUGGAAUAUAGUGAAACUCUCUAAAUGUAUGAGUCAGAAAGUGUAAGUCUGAAGGACAGAUGUCACUUUCUCCCACUGGAAGUAUUUUCCAGAAACGCUCCAUGACCGUCCUCCUGUGUGACAAUCAAUCCUCUCCCUCCUCCCAGCAUAGGAACAAAAAGACAUCUGAGCUAUGUGUUUGGAUGGGGAAGAGAAAUCGCAGCACUUUGUACAGCGGCCACCGCACUCCGGUUUCACAGAGCCUCUGACUGGCGGAGCGGCGCGCUGCUUUUACGCAUAGCCUCCAGCCCUGCGAGGCAUUGUGAACAUUGUUCAGUCACUGGGUAGUAGACUCCUGAGAAGACACCGGAGCGGCACAUCUCUAAUAACUGGAUACCUGCGGCCGAAGGAAGAGAUCUUUGGAAUGGAGACUCGGACUGUGGCUGCGUAAAGGCAUGAUGCUUGGAUUUUUUACGUUUAAGUUAAUAUCCUGACGCGUUGUUCUUCUAGAUUGAACUCCACAUUUAAAUCCGCGUUUCCACAGGCUGGCGCGUAAAAGAAGAAGAAAACAAGACUUCGGUUUUUAAGUGUUUCAGAGUCGUUCCUCGGACCUUUUUGAAACUCUGACGACCUUGACUUCUCUUUAAAGUGACGCAGGACACGUUGUGAGAGAUUUCCCGAGUUGUUAUUUACUCAUUAUUAACCUGGCGAGCUGUUUGGAAGCAAGACUGAACAAGUUACUGUAGGGUGCUGAGACUCUUCAUGAAGCCGUGACAGGACACCGUCCAGAGAAAAAAGGAUUUUUGGCCGCGCAAAAAACGAGGAGGAGGAGGCGCCUCUCGCGUUGAAGCAGAACCGUUUUAGAUGGAUUCUUCAUGUUUGCUUCAGCCUCAGUGGAGACAGCCUGCUCUGAACACUUCCGAGCCGUGACAAUAAGGUGUAAAACAUGACACAUCGCAGCGUAUGGAUAGCCAAAAACAUGAGCUGCUCCCAGCGUGGAAGAAGCGGCUCUGUCCUAUCCGGUGCGCGCUUGGAGCAGAAUGCGCACAGGACAUCUGGUGGGACCAGAUGGAGAGUUCGGAGGAAGGAUAAACGGGAGAUUACCUCUGUAAUGUCAGAGAAGGCCAAGGUGCUGCUGUGGGUCCUCCUCUCUCUGCUGCCUCUGGUGGAAGGAGCUCAUAUGAAGGGCGGUGCUGCUGGUCCUGGAUCAGAUUCGGGCCCUGGCGUGGGGCUGCAGGCAGGCCAGGAGGAGCGAGAGCUUCCUGUGACGCUGUCAGAGGUGGUGGAGGACGAGGAGCAGGAAGACCACACUGACCCCUACUCUACUUGGCACGCUCUAUAUGACCCCUUUGUGAUAGAUGAGGUGGAUGACCAUCCCAGUAGUCGCUGGGCGGGACGCUUGCCACGCUCCUCUGACCCCUCAGAACCUCCACCCAAGGGAUCACCAAAGAAAAAGAAAAAGGGGAAGAGGAAAGAAAAUCAGGAAGAGGCAGGAAAAGCAGAUAGGAAGGGUAAAGGUAAGAGCAAGCAGCCAAAGAAGAGCAGCAGGGACUGCCGGAUGGAGAAGAGAGAGAUGAAGGUUCGGGACCUGGGCCUGGGCUUUGACUCGGAUGAGAUUGUCCUCUUCAAGUUUUGCGUUGGCUCCUGCAAGGCCUCCAGAAAAAACUACGACCUGGCGCUGGAUAGGUUGCUGGAGAACGGCUCUCUGCCCCGGCGCACCGCUCGCAAGCUCAGCAGACACCCCUGCUGCCGGCCGGCCGAGUACGAGACGGUCUCCUUCAUGGACGCCCAGACAGCGUGGAGGACCAUUGACUCGCUAUCAGCCGCCAGCUGCAUGUGUAUGGGCUGAAGACAUGAAGGAGGGAGAGGAAGAGGGGUGUCACCCAUCCUGAAGCCAGUGGAGUUAGAGACGAGGGUCGCUCUAACACACACAGAGCACGGAAGUGACCGAGGCCACUUGUUGUGUAUUUCCUGUUGAGGAGGAAUCGUUUUGGCGGGAAGACUGAAGGUCAGAGACUGCCAUCAGGGAAUCACCAUCUGGAUAUAUCGUUGGGUCUUCAAAGAGUGAAUAACUUUUACUGAGUAAAUAAUGAAAAUACUCCAGAUAAUACACAUUAAAGAGACUCUAUAUGUGACAUCUUUAUGGGCGAGACCUGAAGGCCGAAGCUCGAGAGAUAAGACACAUCUAAAGGACACUGUGUUUAUAUUCUGACUAAAAAAGACUGAUGUUCACUAUCACUCACAGUUAAGCCAGCUGCUCCCAAAAGGUAUAUCAUUUUCUCCACAUAAAAACAGGGACAUGACAUUGUUUUGUUUCUAUGUUCAGGUGAACUCAGCCAAAUGGAUGCCAUGCAUCUUCCUGUAUUACUGUAUAAAAGUAACAUAUAUUUAUUUCUGAUAAAUUAUUUAUUUAUUAUAGCUUCAUAUGAGAGCUGUUUUUAUUAACUCUAAAUUGUAGAUACAUAUCUAUUUAUUGCCAAGAUUCAGAUUUCAUGUUGACAGCUACUUCUACUUCUUGCAUGUAGUAUGUGUUUUUUUUAUUCGGGUCUCCACAUUUAUCCAACGCCUCAUGGACCUAUGGACAGCUGAUUAAACGCUGCUAUUUGUAAGAUUACAUUGGAUAAAACAGAACCAUGAUCCAAAAUCUCAGAUUGAUUUUUACAUUUUUUCCAGACAGUAAAACAAAUCCUAUUAAAUAACAGAUUGACCUACAUUGAAAUGAUGUGGAAUACUUAAUAAAUAUAUUUUUUCAAGAGCACCUCACAUACUUGAGCUUUGGCAAUGAUACCAGCUUUUCCACAGCACAGGUAGAAUGUAUGUACAGUAAACAGGUUAAACAUCUACACUACAGGACCUCAACAUUUCUCAUCUUAAAGUUCAUUCAGUAUGUCACGUUAUUAUCAUUAUUAUUAUUAUUAUUUUAUAAAGUUUUUUUUAUUUUUGUAUGGCAUUAUCCUCCAAGGGAAUAAAGUUUUUUUUAAUAUA